AUGAGAGUUGCUCGUGGUGACAUAAUGGACACAACUGGCUUUAGCGGAGCGCACCGCGCCGAGCAUCUCAACCGCCAGGCUGCAGCAGAGGCCCGCGCCUCGUACUAUGCGCAUCCUGCACUCCACGUCCACACCUACUUGCCCGAGGGAGAGCAAUACCCUGACCCAGACCACCACGACAUCCACAAUGUCCACCCUGUUAACGAGCCGUUCCACAAGAUGAAGAAAGUGGCGGCGGGAGCUCCAGGGGUCGCCACUGGUGCUCCGACGACCAACGUAAUCGCGGAAAAGACUGGCCUCAACGAGGAGAAAAAGGACGAGCAGGGUGGCAUGAAGUACGCUGCUCCUCCGACUGCCUACGACCACGGCGCUCACGAAAUUGGAGGCGAGGCCGGCGGCACACACACCUCGCCUGGUCCCAAAGCUGAAGUCGUCCAGACCGCCAUCAUGGCCGAGAUGGGCAAGGUACCGGGCGUACAGGUCGCGGGUGCCGUCCAGCUCCCCGACGAUCACCUCAAGGGGGUAGAGCAGCACUGGAGCGUCGAGCAGGCCAUGGAGCCGCACCUCCAGCUCAUGUGUGGUCCCAUGCUGUCGUACUACACGAUCAAGGACGGUGUCUGGCAUGGCGCAGCCAUGGUCGUCACUGCGGACGAUGGAUCGAUUCUCGAUCCGGCGCCUGUCCUCUCGCUCUCGUUCUUCCCAUACAUCCCCCCCGUGUCUGGACAGGAGCCCGAAGAGCAGGAGAUUCUUCCUCGCCAGAGGAUUUCUGCUCAGCGCAUCUUCAACUAUGUCGAUGACGACGGACCGUGCUCGUUCUGGCGCUUCAUGAUCCAGGUGCCGUUGCAGCGCUAUGAGACCUCGGCGAGGUACCGUCUGAACGGCGGUGCAGAGAUCCGAUUCUGUGUUCCUGCGCUGGGCCAGAACCUGCGCUGGACGAGCCACUCGUGCAACGGCUUCUCCACAGGUGUCAACCCCGACGACUUUAAGGGCAAGAACUUCAAGUCGGGUUACGACCCCGUGUGGGAGGACAUGUUGGGCUAUCAUUACCAGCAAUCCUAUCACUGCAUGGUUGGUGGAGGUGACCAGAUCUACUGCGACGCGAUCACCCGCGAACCGGAGCUGCAGGGCUGGAUCAACGCGCCUACCAAGGAAGCCAAGCAGACCUACCCGCUCACCGACGAAAUGCGACAUGCGAUUGACCGCUUUUACUUCAACCAUUACUGCAAGAUCUUCCGCUCGAACGCCUUCGGCAGAGCGAAUGCGACGAUCCCUAUGGUCAACAUGCUGGACGACCACGACCUCAUUGACGGCUUCGGGACUUACGAACCUGCCACGAUGAAAUCGCCCGUGUUUAACCACAUCGGCUCGCGCGGAUACUUUUGGUUCACCGUCUUCCAGCUUUUCAUCAACGACGAGGUGGACGGCAUCAACUACAAGACGUGGGGCACCCACCCCGCUCCCUCAGUUGUCAUCGGGGGACCCGGUGCGUACAUCCCCUACCAUUCGCACCACCUCGGUGUCUACCUCGGCCCUAAGGUGUUCCUUCUUGCGGUCGACUGUCGCGCCGAGCGCACUUUGCACCAGAUCGUCUCGCCCCCCACUUGGAACCAGCUUUUGAGCCAGUUUGUGCCAAGUCUCCCACGCGAGUUCGAGCACCUGGUGGUCCUCCUUGGUGUGCCCAUAGCGUAUCCGCGCAUGUCGUUCCUCGAGCACUUCCUCGGAUUCAAAUACAACCCGCUGAAUGCACUCGCGAGACGCAACGCAAUGGGUAUGGGUGGCCUCGUCAACAAGUUCGACAAGGCGAGCGAGCUGCUCGACGACCUGAACGACCACUGGUGCGCUAACGUGCACAAGAAGGAGCGUAACUGGCUCGUCCUCGAGUUGCAGCGCAUUGCGGAACAGCAGAAUCUUCGGAUCACCUUCCUGUCUGGUGAUGUACACCUUGCUGCCGUCGGCUGUCUCUUCACUAAGAAGCGCGUUCGCAAGAUCGAGCCCCGUCACGACCACCGCUACAUGCUCAACGUGAUCACGUCGGCCAUCGUCAAUACGCCCCCGCCCGCCGGUGCGGCUCACAUGGUGGCAAUCCUCUCGGGCAACAAGCACCGCACUCUCCACAAGGACCACACGGACGAGAGAAUGCUAAAGGUCUUUACCAAGGACACGGAUGGGUCGCCAAUCAAGCGCCCUUAUGUCCUCGCACGCCGCAACUACGCGUCUAUUGUCUACGAUGAGGUCACUGGCGAGCUGCACUUCGAGAUCCGGGUCGAGAAGGCCCAGGGCGUUGGUGUCACGGUGCCGUACAAGGUCUCAGCCCCGGCUCCGCGGUACGGAGCUAAGAGCGCGGCGCCCAGCGUCGCCGGCAGUCAGGGCGGCUUGAGCGCGACAGCCAACAGCUUCGUCAUGCCUCCCAGCCAGCCCGUGACGCCUGUCACGGGCCGUGGUUUCGGCGGACCCCCGUCUAUCAGCUCGGUGCCGGGUUCCUUCCGGCCAGGGCAGGGCACGCCCGGGCGGCAAGGAGUGUUGAACGCCGGCCAGCAGCAGGGUCCGAUGGACACCAGUCCCAUGCAGGGACAGCAACCCGUGCUGCAGGGACAAGGAUUUGCUGGUCAGCAGAACAGUAUGACUCAUGCUCCUCUGCAGCCGAGCCAAAUGCAGGAGCCGAAGAUGUACGUCGAGCCUGCGAACGGCCGCCCGUACGCUGGCCAGCCCGACAGCGUCCAACCGGGGAUAAACGCCGGCCCAAUGCACGCCGGAGGCAUGAUGAACGCCCAUCCCAACAACCAGCAGUAG